CAAAUGCAAGCAGCAGCCUGAGGACACUCAACAUCAAUGGAAACAUAUUAGAAGGGCAAGUUCCUAGGUCAUUGGCCAAUUGCACAUCACUAGAGGUUCUAGACCUUGGGAAGAACAAGAUAAUUGAUACUUUCCCGUUCUGGUUGGGGAAAUUGCCCAAGUUGUGAGUUUUAGUAAUGCAUUCCAACAGAUUCUAUGGUCCCAUCAAUCAGUACGCUCCAACUUCUGUUAAUGGAUUCCCAAUGCUGCAAAUCAUGGAUCUCUCUUCCAAUAGAUUUACAGGUAAUUUGCCAGCUGAAUAUUUUCGAAGCUUGGGGGCAUCAAUGCUAAAUAAUGGACACAAAUCAGAACCAGAGUACAUUGGAGAUGCCUACUAUAUAGACUCGGUGACAAUCAUGAACAAAGGGCAAGAAAUGGAACUAGUUAAGAUCUUGACCAUCUACACAGCUCUUGAUCUUUCCGACAACAACUUCCAAGGUGAGAUUCCACAAGUCAUUGGAGACCUCACGUCACUUGUGAUUCUAAACUUGUCUCAAAAUGACUUAGCCGGCCAAAUCCCAUCAUCGAUUGGAGAUAUAGAACAACUUGAGUCAUUGGAUCUCUCAGGAAACAAGCUCUCAGGCCAGAUCCCUUGGCAAGUUGCUGAUCUUACAUUUCUUUCAUUCUUAAUCCUCUCCCAAAAUCAUCUUGAGGGACCUAUACCACGAGGUAAUCAGUUGGAGACAUUUUCAAACAGUUCUUACAAUGAGAAUCUAGGAUUAUGUGGGUUUCCCUUAUCAAGGAAAUGCAAAUAUGCCAGUGAUGGUACGCCGGCACAUCAAGGUGAAGAAUCAACAAAUGAUGACUCAAAAUUUGAAUGGAAAUUCAUGUUGAUGGGUUAUGGGUCCGGAAUGGUAAUUGGAAUUGUGAUAGGACUUGUUAUUUUCAAAGAGGAGUGGCUUGUAAGAACUUUUAGAUUGGCACCAUUUGGGCGGCAGAGAAAGUCAAAGAGAGGAAGAUCAAUGAUAAGAUGA